GGUAACCGGGCGAGUGUUAGUGGCGCUUCUCCCGUGCUGUGGCUCACGUUUUGGUACUAGAGGCCGAGACUGUACUGGCGACGGCGACCUCUGCGGCGACGCCUUAGACUCUCGGAGGAGUGGCAGAGUUCAGUCCGGAGGAGGGGCUUCAGGUCAGCCCAGGCAGCUGGAAGGUGGACGCCAGAGGGGCAGAACUUCAGAGAGGAAGAAUACACCGAACAGGGACUUUCAUAAGCCUCUACUUGCUGAUUUUGAGGACAUUUGCUCAAGUAACUGGUGUGAAGUUGUAGAAGAAUCGUAAGGAUCUGAUCUUUGACUUUUGGCUGUGCCAUCUACCAUAUUCUAUCAUAAUGAAUGGAUCCAGUGUGGCAAAUACAUCACCCAAUGUAAUAUCCAAAGAGGACCAAGGGUUAAAUGGGCAUGAUGAAAAGGAAAAUCCAUUUGCAGAGUACAUGUGGAUGGAGAAUGAAGAAGAUUUCAACAGACAGGUGGAGGAAGAAUUACAGGAGCAAGACUUCUUAGACCGCUGCUUCCAGGAGAUGCUGGAUGAGGAAGACCAAGACUGGUUCAUUCCAGCACGAGACCUGCCUCAGGCCAUGGGACAGUUGCAGCAGCAGUUAAAUGGACUGUCCAUCAGUGACAGUCAUGAAUGUGAGGAUAUUUUGAGCAAAAGUAACCUGAACCCAGACGCCAAGGAGUUCAUUCCAGGAGUGAAGUACUGAGUUGACAGAAGCUUUGAGGAGGGCUUGUCUGUCCCCACAUCUGGGGAUAGUGAUGCACAAAA